AUGUCGACAUAUAGAAGACCUGGAACUCAAGUUGGGCCAACAGGUUCAUCAACACCAACAACUACAAGUACUGCACCAGCUUAUAAAUCCCCAUCAUCAUAUAAAACAACAACAACAUCAUAUUCAUCAUCAUACUCAUCACCACCACCAUCAGCACCACCACCAUCACAUGCAGGUUAUUAUCCACCACCAGCUCAUGGAAGCUACGCACCACCACCAGCUCAUGGAGGUUAUGCACCACCACCAGCUCAUGGAGGCUAUUAUGCACCACCACCACCAUCACAAACAUAUCAUCCUCAACCUUUACCACCUCAACAAUUUGCUGCACCUCCUCCACCCCCAUCAUCAUCUCAUAAAACCUAUACAACCAAUACAUCUUCAUGUUUGCAUGGUCCUGGUUGCAAACAUAACCAUAAAAUAGAUAAGCAUAAAGAACACAAAGAACAUAAGGAACACAAAGAACACAAAGAGCAUAAAAAAGAAAAGAAAAAAGAUUUUUUAGAUCGUUGGGUAGAUGAUUUUAGAAAUGAAGUUCGUGGAUCAGGCGGAAGUGGAAGCAAACCUAAAGAAAGUCAUUCACACUCACACUCACACUCAUCCUCAUCUCAUUCUCAUUCAUUAGAUAAACAUCACGGUCAUCAUCACAAAAAUUUUUGUUCACAUUGCGGUCAUAAAGUUGUAUGUCAUGACUCUAAAUUUUGCUCUGGUUGCGGUAAACAUUUAUAA